AUGGCCGGCGAGGAUACCGAGUUCAACGGCGAGGCCUGGCCCGCCAAGGAAGCCAAGGUGGGCUAUCUGCACCAGGAACCGAGGCUCGACGACGACAAGACGGUGGCCGAGAACGUGAUGGAGGGGCUGGGCGGCCUGAAGGCGCUGGUCGAUCGCUUUAACGAGGUCAGCAACGCCUUCGCGGAGCCCGAUGCCGACUUCGACGCCCUAAUCGCCGAGCAGGCCGAACUGCAGGAGAAGAUCGACGCCGCCGGCGCCUGGGAUCUGGACCGCACCAUCGAGAUCGCGAUGGACGCCCUGCGCUGCCCGCCCGGCGAAGCCAAGGUGUCCAAUCUCUCGGGCGGCGAGCGGCGGCGCGCGCGCCAGCGCGAGCUGGAUCACGAGGCCGAGUGGAUCCGACAGUCGCCCAAGGCGCGACAGUCGAAGCAGAAGGCGCGCAUCCAGGCGUACGAGGAGCUGCUGAACACCCAGGUCGACAAAGCGCCGGAGGCCGGCCAGAUCGUGAUCCCGCCGGGUCCGCGCCUGGGCGACCUGGUGAUCGAGGCGCAGGAUCUGCGCAAGGGCUUCGGCAAUCACCUGCUGAUCGAGGAUCUCUCCUUCAAGGAGCAGCCGGACGGCGGCAGCCUACGGAUCGGCGACACCGUCAAGCUGGGCUACGUCGACCAGAGCCGGGACACCCUGAAAGCCGACAACACGAUCUGGCAGGAGGUGUCGGAAGGCGCCGACGUGAUUCAUGUCGGCAACCACGACCGCUGGUUCCUGGACCGCGUGGCCACUCACAUUCUGGCCUUCGAGGGCGACAGCCGGGCGGUUUGGUACGAGGGCAACUUCCAGGAUUACGAGGAAGACAAGAAGCGCCGUCUGGGCGACGCCGCCGUCGAGCCCCAUCGCAUCAAGUACAAACCCCUGACGCGCUGA